AUCCAAAUCCCUAGAAAUUGUAAAUGGCUGAGAACAACAACAACAACGGCGACAACAUGAACAACGACAACCACCAGCAACCACCGUCGUACUCGCAGCUGCCGCCGAUGGCAUCAUCCAACCCUCAGUUACGUAAUUACUGGAUUGAGCAGAUGGAAACCGUCUCGGAUUUCAAAAACCGUCAGCUUCCAUUGGCUCGAAUUAAGAAGAUCAUGAAGGCUGAUCCAGAUGUGCACAUGGUCUCCGCAGAGGCUCCGAUCAUCUUCGCAAAGGCUUGCGAAAUGUUCAUCGUUGAUCUCACGAUGCGGUCGUGGCUCAAAGCCGAGGAGAACAAACGCCACACGCUUCAGAAAUCGGAUAUCUCCAACGCAGUGGCUAGCUCUUUCACCUACGAUUUCCUUCUUGAUGUUGUCCCUAAGGACGAGUCUAUCGCCACCGCUGAUCCUGGCUUUGUGGCUAUGCCACAUCCUGACGGUGGAGGAGUACCGCAAUAUUAUUAUCCACCGGGAGUGGUGAUGGGAACUCCUAUGGUUGGUAGUGGAAUGUACGCGCCAUCGCAGGCGUGGCCAGCAGCGGCUGGUGACGGGGAGGAUGAUGCUGAGGAUAAUGGAGGAAACGGCGGCGGAAAUUGAAGUGUAGAUUUAGGGUUUGUAACCGCCUAUGUGGGAAAUUUGAAAUUUGGUGGUGUUUAUUAGGGUUCUUCAAUUCGUCGGAUUUGCUUUCAUGUAAACAAUGUGUGGAAGGCAAAUUGUUUUUUUUAGUAGACUUGUAAGCGCUUUUCUGAGAAUUUGAUUGUCUUUUGGAGUUAGUCUCUUACAUAAUAUCUUGUUCUAAAAUCCUCCGCCUAACACCGGUUACUCUCCGUUUAAUCGCUAAGUCCAUCAUAUCCGGUUACUCUCCGCUUAAUCGUUAAG